AUGAACGCCAAACUUACAUCUGUGGUCGUAGCAGUGCUAUUAUUAGUCAACAACAUAGCAGUACAUGGUGGAUAUGGCCCCGUUAGAUAUGCUAGCGGUGGAUAUGGCCCUGUUGGGUAUGCUAGCGGCGGAUAUGGCGGAAAUGUCGGUGGAAAUGGUCCUGUUGGGUAUGGCGGUCUCGGUGGUUUAGGAGGUUUUGAAGGAUUUUUGUCGUCAGGAUUGUCGUCAAGAUAUGCUAAUCCCCGAUUUUGGAUGGAAUUCGUACCAAAACAGUACGCAGGAAAUGUACAGAAAUAUGCCACUGUGCUCCGUGAAAAUACAGAAAUUAUUCUGCAUAUGUAUACAUCAUAUGGAUUUUAUGGUAUUAUGCAUUUCCAAUGA